UAGUUCGAUUUUUCUUCGUCGACAAACACUUGUGUUACAUAGAAUAAAAGUAGACAUAUUGCUUUUAUUGAAAUUAUCAGAAGAAGAACCAAGAUGGCCCAGCCAAGUUUACCGCAGGGCAAUGAGCAGCGUCUGCGCUGUUUGCACUGCAAUAAGAUCAAAUCCUUCCAAAACGAUAAUAGUAAACUCUCCCGUCACACCGAGCAGAAACACCCGGAAAUUAAAUUGAACCGGAAACCGGAACAUAAACUGGCCUCAAAGCAUGCAAAAAACAGCAUAUUGAAGAAGUCCCAAACGGCCGAGAAAGCCGAUCGUUUGAAAUGUGUAGAUGAUGUGCCCAGACAUGGAAUCACUGAAGAUUGCCUUGCAAAAAAAAGCAUAUUGAAGAAGUCCCAAACCGCCGAGAAAGCCGAUCGUUCGAAAUGUGUAGAUGAUGUGCCCAGACAUGGAAUCACUAAAGAUUGCCUUGCAAAAAACAGCAUAUUGAAGAAAACCCAAACCGCCGAGAAAGCAGAUCGUUUGAAAUGUGUAGAUGAUGUGCCCAGACAUGGAAUCACUGAAGAUUGCCUUGCAAAAAAAAGCAUAUUGAAGAAGUCCCAAACCGCCGAGAAAGCCGAUCGUUUGAAAUGUGUAAAUGAUGUGCCCAGACAUGGAAACACUGAAGAUUGCCUUGCAAAAAAAAGCAUAUUGAAGAAGUCCCAAACCGCCGAGAAAGCAGAUCGUUCGAAAUGUGUAGAUGAUGUGCCCAGACAUGGAAUCACUAAAGAUUGCCUUGCAAAAAAAAGCAUAUUGAAGAAGUCCCAAACCGCCGAGAAAGCCGAUCGUUUGAAAUGUGUAAAUGAUGUGCCCAGACAUGGAAACACUGAAGAUUGCCUUGCAAAAAAAAGCAUAUUGAAGAAGUCCCAAACCGCCGAGAAAGCCGAUCGUUUGAAAUGGGUAGAUGAUGUGCCCAGAAUUACUGUACACUGGAGAAAUGAACUGGUUAAGGGCAAAAAAACACCAACUGCUGCAUGCAAUGUAUCCGCCACGAAGGACCAUUUAUGUUUAUGCGCCAAGGAAAAAGCGAAGUCGAUUCGAAAUCAGUUGUAUAAGGAACCUAUUCUUCAAUGGAGUGCCUUGGAUGGCAAAAUUUUUUGCCCGGCCUGCGGUUGCAAGCGUUGUCCACUAAUUAAAGCCGCCUCGGAAUUGGAGACUGGAUGGUUGGCCAACUGCUGGCCAUUGUGCCUACUGCCCUGUCUGAUGUCCUCGGAUAAUCGGGAAUAUCUAUACUGCUCCAAGUGCAAAACCUUUCUGGGUAUCUACCAUCGAGAAUAUACCAGCGUGCGACUUAAAAAGGAAUUUGUUGUAAAACAACUUGCCGAAUAACUUUUAACGCAAAUUUCAAUUCCUUUCCUAACCUAAAGUAAUUUUGAACAAAAUUAAGUGUUAAUAACUUUUAGAGUAGAUAUUAUUUAAAACUUAGCUUUUUAACGAUAUAUUUUGUAACUAAAAUUUCUAUGUAACUGCAACAGAACAUAUAACCACCUCACAUGCCUUCAGUUAAACAA